CGGCAGAUUCAAGAGCAGAUUCCUGCCCUUCUUCUUUCUCUGCAAGCCGCAGCAGAUUCACCCACUCCGUCAAACAGUAUACCCUCGUCGUCCUCCGAUUUGAUCAGGGAGAGGUUGGGAAGCGAGGAGGGGGGAGAUGCCGACGCUGACGAAGCUCUACAGCAUGAAGGAGGCCGCCCUCCACAACACCCCCGACGACUGCUGGAUCGUCGUCGACGGCAAGAUUUAUGAUGUGACCAAGUAUCUGGAGGACCAUCCUGGAGGUGCUGAUGUCCUGCUUGAGGUGACAGGUAAGGAUGGCACGGAGGAAUUUGACGACGCGGGCCACAGCAAGGAUGCCAAGGAGCUAAUGAAGGAUUACUUCAUUGGGGAGUUGGACUUGGACGAGACGCCUGACAUCCCUGAGCUGGAGGUUUACAGGAAAGAGCAGGAUAUGGACUUUGCCAGCAAGCUGCUGGCCAACGCGGGGCAGUACUGGGCCAUUCCGGUAGCAGCAGUCGGGAUAUCAGCCAUUGUCGCCAUAUUGUAUGCACGCAAGCAGUGAUGAUCGAUUAUAGUUUCAUUGGAGGACCAUUUUGGGGGAAACAACCCAUUUAUAGCUGGUUAUGGAUGGAGAUUACGUACUUCUGUUCAAAGUGGAAGAUGUAUUUCUGUAUUGAGGCCUUAGGCACUUGAAUACCACAAAAUUGGUGGUGCUAUUUUGUCAUUCAAUGGAAGGAUUUGUUACAGACUC